GUCACGUCCCAUAAGUCUCAAGUAGGCUUAAAUUGACCAUGUCAUGUAGCAGUCACCUAAUUCAUUCCGACCGCUUUACUGCGGCGGGCUUCGCUCUCACACGACUCGCACGGUCACACAGGUGCCAAAGCAUGCGCUAAGGGCACACUGCUAGAGGCACACUAGAAAGCUCUGCUGGCACUGCUAGGCAACACACGCAUCUUGGCAGCCAACCCAACGCCGCACUCCACCAUCAUGGGAUGACCGUCCUGUCUGCAGCACACACACAUAGCCAGAGAGAGAGACGUACUGCACGAUGCACACAGCAUGGUGCAUGCGGUUGCCUCUUUGAACUCACCCGGCGACGUGCAGCACCACCAGAGAGAGCACGGGCUGAACGGCCAAUAGGUCCCAGCCUGCUGGCCAGCCGGCAGCACACCUCCCGUCUCCGCCCAGCCUCCUUUCGGCCGGGGCGUGACGGCUUUCGACUCGAUCAUGGCGGCCGCCGUCUCCUUGAGAGACUGCUCCCACGGCAUCAGUUGAAUACCGAUAGACGACAGAGGACUGACGAUGACCACCACACAGAUAACAUGAUAUGAAGGCCAGCCCGGCUGUGCGUGUGGUAUCGUUUGGGUGUCCACCUUGUGUCGAAGAGCUUGAGCGGCUGUGACAAUGACGGGUCGUCGUCGACGAACUCGUAGGGGCACGUGUAGUCGUACUGCGGGAAGGCCCUCUGCAGCUCGGCAUAAAGCAUCGGGGGAGGCACUACACACACACACACACGCACAGAGAGAGAGAGAGAGAGGUUACCUGGACAAAUGUGUCGUCCGUCUGUUCUGCCUGACUCACCAUCAAAAUCUGUCGAUACGAUGAAACGCUUCCCGUUGGCACUGCUCAGCUCAGCGGCGGCAAUGUGGGCAUCGGCGACGUCACGCACAUCACAAAAUGACAGAAACCCAGUGAACUCAACGCCUGACACACACCACACCACACCACACACACAGCAGGUUGGACACAAUGCGACGGCUGUCUGACCACACGGUGUGAUCGGUCAUCUUACCUUCGAUUAGUGGUUUGAUGAAAGAGAGAGAGCUGGUGAUCUUAUUGACCAGCGGAGGGGGGCCGAUGACACAGGCGGGAUGGAUCGUAGCCAUAGGGAUGCCGCACUCCUCGCUCGCCUUCCAACACUCACGCUCAGCCUUAAUCUGACACACACACACACAUUCAGGACGGCAUGCUCUUGUUUCCCUAUGCGCCUGGCCUGCCUGCCUGCCUGCCUGCCUUCUCACCUUGGAGAUCGCAUAUCCCUUCAUUGCCGGUGGCCCUGGGCUUGCCUCCAGCUGUUUCUCAUCCAUCCAGUCGUCCCCCGUUAGCACCCUGCUGCCCUCCCCCUCCUUGCUCUUCGGCAGCGACAGCCGCAUCACCGGCAUGUCCACCGUCUCGCCGUCUUUCCGCGCCUUGGCCAUCUGGGCGGCCAAGUCGCCAAUGGUGACCAUGCUGGAGGUGAAGAUGAGCUUCUUGACGCUGCCCGAGGCCUUCUUAAUGGCCGCCCACACGUUCUCGACGCCCUUGGUGGCCGGCUGGAUGAACUGCUGGAAGUCCUGAUCGUCAGGGAUCCCGCCGUCCUCGGUGAUCUGCGGCACGGGUGAGGCCACAUGAAACACCAGACUGCAGCCGGCAACCACGCUGUCCAGAGAUCCUGGACGGCGACGAUAGAACAUCACGCAGACCAGACAGGAUCCAUCCAUAUAUCGUCCAUCGUGCUGUACCUACCGGGGACAGUGACGUCGGCCUCGAUGAGCUCAAGCCUGCCCUUUUUGUCUUUGUCGGCCUUGGCUGCGAUGGGCUCCAGGCCAGACUUGGCGAUGGACCUCACCGGCGCCCUCACCGUACAACCUGCAGACAGAAAGGGACCAAGAUGGAAUGAGAAAUGAGCCCCUGAGGGAAACGUGGAGCGGCAGCUCCAUGGGCUGGCUACCUCUAUCCAGCAGAUGGAUGACGACCUGAGCACCGACGAGGCCAGAUCCCCCGGUCACGCAAACGGUCUUGCCGUCGAUGGGCUCCUUGCCAGACAUGACGCCAGACGACGAUUCAGUGAGAGAGUCUGUCAGCACAGCACUGACGAAGAGCAUUUCCGUCUGG